UGGUGUGUUAGUUCCAUAAUACCAUAAAUAAUAAAUCACAAUCAAUAUAAACAAAACUGAUCUGAAGAGAUAAUUUUGACUUUUGACUUCGCUUUCUGAAAGGAUAUAAUCUGAAUAAUGUUGCUGAAGAUUUUAGGGACAUCCACUGCUCUUAUUAUUGGAGUGUUUAUAAUAAGAAAAUAUCGAGAAUAUACUUGGGGAAAAUGUAAAAGUAAGAGAUCUGUUAAAAAUAAGACUUUUAUAAUCACGGGUGCAAAUUCUGGUCUUGGAAAAGCUACUGCUCUUGAAUUGGCUAAGAGAGGAGCUCGUAUUAUUCUUGCUUGUAGAGAUCAAGAAAAAGGUCAAAAAGCUCUUAUUGAUAUACGAUCUAAAUCCCGAAGUGGUAUCCUUAAGGUUAUGGAAUUGGAUUUAGCUUCUUUUGAAUCCAUCAGAAAGUUUGCCAAUGAAUUUUCUCGAAGUGAAGAACGAUUAGAUGUCCUUAUAAACAAUGCUGGUGUUUUUCAAUGCCCUUACAUGACAACAAAAGAAGGCUAUGAGAUGCAGUUUGGAGUUAAUCAUUUAGGACAUUUUCUUUUGACAAAACUUUUACUUGAAAAAUUGAAACAGUCUGCUCCUUCACGAAUUGUUGUAGUUUCUUCGGCUUUAUAUAAAAAAGGGAUUAUAGAUUUUAACACCCUGAAUUCUAAAGAACAUUACAACAAAGGUAUGGCCUAUAAGAACAGUAAACUAGCAAAUGUGCUUUUCUGUCGUGAAUUAUCAAAGCGCCUAGAAGGAACCGGUGUCAACGUUUAUGCUGUCAGUCCAGGUAUGGUUUGGACCAACUUGGGGAGACAUGUUUCUGUAAGCUGGUGGAAGAUUGUUGCUUUGGCUCCUAUUGCAUGGCUGUUCAUCCGAACUCCUUAUCAAGGUGCCCAAACAAUUUUGCACUGUGCCAUAUCAGAAGAAGUUGAAUCUGAAAGUGGUCUGUAUUAUAGAAAUUGCGAGAAAGAAGCCUUUGCUAAAGUAGCUGAAGAGGAAAAUUUAGCAAAAAAGUUGUGGGAAGUUUCAGAGCAAAUGAUUACAAAGGUUGAAAAAUCUGAGUAGCUUUACUGUCUUUAUGGUCAGUACUUAAUUUUUAUUCACUUUUUAAGUUUGGAGAUAUUUUUAUUAAAUAUCAUAUGUAGUUGAUAAAAAGAAUAUUAAAAAUAUAAAUAAACUAAUGUACAGAUCAGCUACUGGCUUUGUAGCAUUUUAAUUGCUGAUCUCUACAUGGAAAGUUUUUAUGAGUGUCAUAAUAGAUUCUCAGUAAUCUGCUAUUACUUACUCUAACCCUUUUUAUAGUAUUUUAUUUUCAAAGGACCAAUGGGAAAUGUUGAAAAGAAAACAAAUUACUGCCUUUAGGUUUCAGUAUUUUGGUAUGAUAUAAGCUUUAAGAUUCCAUAUUAUAUUUCAGAAUUGAUUUUAAAUGUUACAUGAUUUGAUGCAGUUUAUAUAUUGCAUAGUAAAGACAGAAUUAGUUAUUAAAUUGUAUAUUUUAAACUUCUUUUUUUUAUCAGAUAAUUCUCUGAUCUGAUAUCUGUCAUAUUACUGAGAGUCUUCUACAUAUUCAUAAUAUGAGUGCAUUAUAUUGCUGAUAUUACUAUAAAAUAGUUUACAUUGAUGUUGUCUGAUUUUAUAGGGGCUUAUGUAUGUAUGUAUGUAUUAAGUAGAUAGAAUAUUGAAUUUGAAUAUAGUUUGUUACAAUUUUUAUUUACUAUUUAU